UCAAUUUCUACAAAAAUUAUCGUGUUGUCGCAAGAAAAAGAAAAUAUUAAAUUUUUUCGUUUAUCCGCAAGUUAUUUUUUAGUUUGUUGCUCAAACGAAAUACUUAGUCACAUUUUGUAUUCGGAAGUGAGUUGUAAAGUGAACCACGGAGUGAAAAAGGAUACAAUAACAAAAUAUAAGAAGGAUGAGCUCACGACCAAUUCAAAUUGUCGAUGCAAGUGGCGAUGAAGAUCAUUCAUUUGUCUUAAAUGAGGAGGCAUUGAGUGAAAUCUUGAUGCGAAAUGACGUCAAAGAUCGCUCUAUCGUGAUAAUAUCCGUGGCAGGUGCCUUUAGGAAGGGCAAAAGUUUCAUUCUGGACUUUUUCCUGCGUUAUUUAUAUGCAAAGUAUGUUCACAAGAAGGAAGGACAAGACUGGGUUGGAUCUGAUGAUGAACCACUUGUCGGGUUUUCAUGGCGAGGUGGCUCUGAACGUGAGACCACUGGCAUUUGGAUGUGGUCAGAGCUCUUUUUGCACGACUUACCGAAUGGAGAAAAAAUUGCAAUUGCAUUAAUGGACACACAGGGUGCUUUUGACAGUCAGAGUACGGUGAAAGAGUGUGCCACUGUUUUUGCACUGAGUACAAUGUUGUCGUCCGUGCUCAUUUUUAACGUGUCUCAAAACAUCCAGGAAGACGACUUGCAACAUUUGCAACUUUUUACGGAAUACGGAAGACUAGCCUUAGCCGACAGCGGAAAGAAACCUUUUCAACGUUUGCAAUUCUUAGUUCGUGAUUGGAGUUUCCCCUAUGAGGCUGAUUAUGGAGCGGACGGCGGAAGGAAAAUUCUCCGUAAUCGAUUGGAAGUGUCGGACAAACAACAUCCAGAAUUGCAGUCUCUACGAAAACACAUAUCAUCAUGUUUCGAUGAAAUUGCGUGCUUUUUGAUGCCACAUCCUGGCUUAACUGUUGCUACUAACCCCAAAUUCGAUGGACGCCUGUCAGAUGCAACGCCCGAAUUCAGGACGGCAUUGAAAGACUUGAUUCCGAUGCUUUUGGCACCCGACAACCUUAUCAUCAAAAAAAUAAAUGGACAAACGGUCAAGGCGAGAGAUUUGGUCCAGUACUUUAUGUCAUACAUGAACAUCUACAAGGGAAACGAAUUGCCGGAACCGAAGACGAUGCUUGUCGCUACUGCUGAAGCAAAUAACUUGACUGCGGUUGCUGCUGCCAAGGAACACUAUAUGCAACGAAUGGAAGAAAUUUGUGGAGGAACACAGCCAUACUUAAAUCAAGGUCACUUGGAGUCGGAACAUUUGCGCAUCAAGGACAAAGCAAUCGAACAAUUCAAAGCUAAACGCAAGAUGGGCGGAGACGAUUUCUCAGAAACGUAUCGCGAACAACUCGAACAGGACCUCGAAGAAGCCUUCGUCAAUUUCAAGUCUCACAACGAGAGUAAGAAUAUAUUCAAAGCCGCCCGCACACCCGCGGUUUAUUUCUCUAUUGCCAUUGUCGCGUACCUGUUGAGUGGCAUUUUUGGCCUCUUUGGAAUCUACACGUUUGCCAAUUUCUGUAACCUCAUUAUGGGUAUUGCCUUGCUAACAUUAACUUUGUGGGCAUAUAUUCGUUAUAGCGGAGAGUUACGUGAUUUGGGAACGACUCUGGACGAUACGGCAAAUCUUAUUUGGGAUCAAUUCAUAAAGCCCGUAUAUAAGGUGUUUGUGUCACAAGGCAUUCAACAUCUCGCCCAAAAUCCCGAAAUUCUCACCUCACCCAUGGCCUCUGCUGCCGGCACUCGUGCCAACGGUAAAGUCAAGUCAUCUUGAGAAAAGUUUUAUAGUGCAAUUCCUACAGCUUUGCUUUUGUUUCGAAAACGAUCGUAAUUUUGUUAGUGAGUGUUUUUUAAUGAUAUUUUUUUUCUCGACGGUAAGCCAAACGUAGGUCAUUGCAAUAAAAUUAAAUUAAUGAAAUUUAAA